UUAACUGAAAAUAGGAGGAUGUGUCUCCUCCGAUAAGUUUCGAUAUGCGACGCGAAGCUUGUCUACGUGCCUUUGCUCUCGUAUCACCUCGGGGACGCGGUAUAUCAGCACGCGCGAGCAGGAAGCGGCGCGAGCAGGACGCAGCGCUCACAGCCACCUGACGCAGCAGUAGACAUCACUGGAAUAUUGUAGCACAUCACUGGAGCAAAAUGUCUGGAUUUUUUGCCAUGUUGAGAAAAAAGAAAGAGUUGAUCCCUCUGAUUGGAUGUAUGGUGUUUGCAGCGACCGGAGCCACAUCCGCGUCAAUUUACUUCUUACUCACAAAACCAGAUGUAAUCAUAAACAAGAAAAAUAACCCAGAGCCUUGGGAGUGCCUGGAUCCUUCCAAACCUCAGAAGCUGAUUACCAUCAAUCAGCAGUGGAAGCCAGUAGAGGAAUUGCAGCUGGUGAAGAGUUUGACGAAGUGAGAUUUACCCUCGCCACAGGGCUUUGGGCCACGGAGCUGCACCCCAACUCCCCAUCAGUCCAUCGGAAUCAUCUCUGCACAGACUAAACUCAGUAAAUCAGUGUGCGGAAAUGCUUCUGCUGCAUUGGUGGGGUCCAAUCGUGCUCAGUUCUGCUCUGCAGGACAAGCAAGGAGCUUAAAUUAGCUCCUGGGACACAUAUGCACCUUCUCCUGUACUUAUUUAAUAUGACUCCACAAAUGACGUGAUAAUAUUAAUGUGAAAUAAAUUAUUCUACCUGA